AGUUACCGCAGCAGCUCUCUGGGGCCCUGCGGGGGAUCUCAGCCUCACCAAAGGCUGGGGGAGCAAGAAGGACUGAGCACCACAGAUGUCCUGUGCCGGGCACUCCCCGGCUUGGCUCCCUUUGUCCUCACAGCCACAACCCUUUGGCUUCCCCAGGCCCUGGCAGCUGAUCCUCUGCAGCUCCUGUGCUGCUCAAGGCACUCACCGGCGCUGCUCCACCUUGGCAGACACCGCAGACAGCUGGGAGUGUGACAGCUGUGCUGGCCUGGGCACCGCCUCCAGCGCAAACAUGGAGCACGCCGGCUCCAGCAGUGCCAGCCGGGAGGGACUGAGGCCAUCCCACAGCUCCUCGGUGCCGGGGAACAUCAGCUCCGCAUCCACCAGCCAGGCAGCGUCGGUCCCGUUGCUCAGUUCCCAGCUGCCUGAGCACAGUGGCCAUCCCAGGGAGCCUGAGACGGAGCUCCGGCCACGUUUACACGAGGAUCACAAUCCCUCUGAGCAGCGCCGAGGGCGUCGAAGGAGCAGACGGACACCAGCCCCCGGUGCUGAGAGCAGCUCCCAGACCUCCACCAGACAGAGGGCAUCGGGGUCCUCCACAGGGUCCCCAGCAGCUGCUCACACAAUGCGUCUCAGGCCGCGGCGGGCAGGCCAGACGCGAAGCCGCUCCCCAUUACGCGCUCGGGCCUCACAUUCACCAAACCGGCCCCGAAGACACUGUGGCAGCAGGCAGAUGCCCUUGAGGGAGUCCUCGCUGCCUGAAGACAGGCGACAGUCCACACGCCAAGGACGGUCCCGCACACAAACCUGUUCCACAGUGGGUCGUUAGGCUGCAAAUUCCCACAGCCGGCCCUGAGGAGACCAUGAGAGCGGGAGCCGUUGCGAACACCACGACACUCCCAAGUCCACCUUCAAAAUGAACAUCACCACAGCCAGCAUCAAAGAUCUAUGUAAAAGCAGCUGUGUUCCAUCCCCAACUGCUGGCUCUGGUCCCCAGCAGCCAACACAAUAACACCGAGACACUGCCGAGUCCAUCUUCACAAUGAACAUCUCCACAGCCAGCAUCAACGAUGUACGUACGGGCAGCUCUGUUCCAUCCCCAGCUGCUGCUCCUACGUACAUCUUUGAUGCUGUCCCCAGCAGCCAACACAAUAAAGCUGGGUGACCUCA